AUGAGUGGUUGUUCAUUUGAUGAGCACUACAGUAACUGUGGAUAUAGUGUGGCUUUGGGGACCAAUGGAUUUACUUGGGAGCAGAUCAAUACCUGGGAAAAGCCAACAAUGGAUCCUGCUGUUCCAACGGGCUCCUUCAUGAUGGUAAACAGCUCUGGACGGGCAUCUGGGCAGAAAGCUCAUUUGCUUUUGCCUACAUUGAAGGAAAAUGACACACAUUGCAUCGACUUCCACUAUUACUUAUCCAGCAGAGACCGUUCCAGUCCUGGCUCUCUGAAUGUCUAUGUGAAGGUGAACGGUGGACCACAGGGCAAUCCCAUAUGGAAUGUGUCAGGGAUUGUUACGGAAGGAUGGGUGAAGGCGGAACUUGCCAUCAGUACGUUCUGGCCACAUUUUUAUCAGGUGAUAUUUGAAUCUGUCUCCUUGAAAGGACAUCCAGGGUACAUCGCUGUGGAUGAAGUCAGAGUUCUUGCCCAUCCAUGCAGGAAAGCACCUCAUUUCCUCCGGCUGCAGAACGUGGAGGUUAACGUGGGGCAGAACGCAACCUUCCAGUGCAUUGCUGGGGGCAAGUGGUCGCAGCACGACAAGCUCUGGCUCCAGCAGUGGAAUGGAAGGGACACAGCAUUAAUGGUGACUAGAGUGGUCAACCAUAGACGUUUUUCUGCUACUGUCAGCGUAGCUGACACUUCCCAACGCAGUAUCAGCAAGUACCGAUGCGUCAUUCGUUCCGAUGGUGGAUCUGGAGUUUCGAAUUAUGCAGAAUUAAUAGUGAAAGAACCCCCAACACCUAUUGCCCCUCCUGAGCUGCUGGCUGUUGGAGCCACCUACCUGUGGAUCAAACCCAAUGCCAACUCCAUCAUCGGAGAUGGGCCCAUCAUCCUGAAGGAGGUGGAAUAUCGGACAACCACUGGGAAUUGGGCAGAAACGCACAUUGUAGACUCCCCUAAUUACAAACUGUGGCAUUUGGAUCCUGAUGUGGAGUAUGAGAUCCGAGUUUUGCUCACUCGCCCCGGAGAAGGAGGCACAGGGCCCCCCGGACCUCCGCUCACAACAAGAACAAAAUGUGCAGAUCCAGUCCACGGACCACAGAAUGUCGAAGUUGUUGAUAUCCGCUCCCGGCAGCUGACCUUGCAAUGGGAGCCCUUCGGUUACGCGGUGACCCGCUGCCACAGCUACAAUCUCACAGUCCAGUACCAGUACAUGUUUAACCAGCAAAAAUUUGAAGCCGAGGAACUCAUCCAAACUUCUUCCCACUACACCUUGCGAGGCCUUCGGCCCUUCAUGACCAUCAGGCUGAGGUUAGCCCUCUCCAACCCCGAGGGCAAAAUGGAGAGUGAGGAGCUGGUUGUGCAGACUGAGGAGGAUGUUCCUGGACCCAUUCCCUUGGAAUCCAUCCAGGGAGGACCUUUCGAAGAGAAGAUCUAUGUUCAGUGGAAGCCUCCAAAUGAGACGAAUGGCAUCAUUACACUCUAUGAGAUUACAUACAAGGCCGUUGGGUCUCUGGAUCCCAGUGCUGACCUGUCCAGCCAAAGAGGGAAAGUCUUCAAGCUAAGGAAUGAAACACAUCACCUCUUUGUAGGAUUAUAUCCAGGGACUACGUAUUCAUUCACCAUCAAAGCGAGCACAGUCAAGGGCUUUGGGCCACCCAUCACCACACGGAUUGCAACUAAGAUUUCAGCACCAUCGAUGCCUGAAUACGACACAGACUCCCCCUUAAAUGAGACCGACACCACCAUCACAGUCCUGCUGACGCCUUUUUUGGAUGAAGCAGGAGCUGAUGCAGGGGAGAGGAGCUCUGGGUUAGACCGAACUCUACAGUCAGUCUCAGAUGUCUAUCAGCUAGUUGUCAAGGAAGAGAAGCCGCAGAAAGCACGGAGAGCUGCAGACAUCAUUGAGUGCUUCUCCGUGCCAGUGAGCUACAAGAAUGCUUCCAGUCUGGACUCACCCCACUACUUUGCAGCCGAGCUGAAGCCCAUCAACCUGCCUGUCACGCAACCAUUCACAGUGGGUGACAACAAAACCUACAAUGGCUACUGGAACGCUCCCCUUUCGCCCUUGAAAAGCUACAGCAUAUACUUCCAGGCUCUUAGCAAAGCGAAUGGAGAAACAAAAAUCAACUGUGUCCGGCUGGCAACCAAAGGAGCUUCCACCCAGAAUUCCAAUGCAGUGGAACCAGAAAAGCAAGUUGACAGCACAGUGAAAAUGGCCGGAGUUAUAGCUGGUCUUCUGAUGUUUGUUAUUAUCCUCUUAGGAGCAAUGCUUACCAUCAAGAGAAGAAGAAACGCAUAUUCCUACUCCUAUUACUUGCAUUCAAGCCAAUGUUUUAGGGGCCUCUCUGUCUUCUACAGGACCAGGAAGCUAGCCAAGAAGCAGAAGGAGACUCAGACCAGCACGCAGAGGGAGAUGGGUCCUGUGGCUACUUCAGACAAGACCUCUACUAAACUCAGUGCUGUUCACAAUGAAGAAGCUUUUUCUUCCAGCUGCCAAGAUGUUAAUGGAUUCACAUCACCCUCUCCUUGUUCAUUUUCUGUCCAAAGCAAAACCCUUCAGAGCAAAUCUUUGUUGAAUUCCUACUACUCAGUAUCAUCAGACACUGUUCCAUCGACCACGCUGCUAGACAGUAGCCAUGGAGAGAUGACGCAGCCAACUCUGACUAUCCAGACUCAUCCGUACCGGAGCUGUGAGCCGGUGGAAAUGUCCUACCCCCGGGGGCAGUUCCAGCCAGCCAUCCGCGUGGCCGACCUGCUGCAGCACAUCACCCAGAUGAAGCGAGGCCAGGGCUAUGGAUUUAAAGAGGAGUAUGAGGCACUACCUGAGGGGCAGACGGCAUCCUGGGAUACAGCCAAGGAAGACGAAAACCGCAAUAAGAAUAGAUACGGAAACAUCAUCUCCUAUGAUCACUCAAGGGUGAGAUUGCAGCUGCUGGAUGGGGACCCUCACUCUGACUACAUAAAUGCCAACUACAUAGACGGAUACCACCGGCCUCGUCAUUACAUUGCAACUCAAGGGCCAAUGCAAGAGACAGUGAAGGAUUUCUGGAGAAUGAUUUGGCAAGAGAACUCUGCAAGUGUUGUCAUGGUCACCAACUUAGUGGAAGUCGGCAGGGUAAAGUGUGUUCGGUACUGGCCAGAUGACACAGAAGUGUAUGGAGAUAUUAAAGUCACAUUAAUUGAGACAGAACCAUUGGCAGAGUAUGUUAUACGCACGUUUACUGUACAAAAGAAAGGCUACCAUGAGAUCCGAGAGAUUCGGCAGUUCCACUUUACCAGCUGGCCAGACCACGGCGUUCCCUGCUAUGCUACAGGUCUCUUGGGCUUCGUUCGACAAGUGAAGUUUCUCAAUCCCCCCGAAGCGGGACCUAUUGUUGUGCACUGCAGUGCUGGGGCCGGGAGAACAGGGUGCUUUAUUGCCAUUGACAUCAUGCUUGACAUGGCAGAGAACGAAGGCGUGGUAGAUAUAUUUAACUGUGUGCGAGAGCUGCGCUCCCAAAGGGUCAAUUUGGUACAGACAGAGGAGCAGUAUGUGUUUGUCCAUGAUGCCAUUUUGGAGGCCUGUCUCUGUGGCAACACGGCCAUUCCAGUUUGUGAGUUCAGAUCCAUAUAUUACAACAUCAGCAGACUAGAUCCACAGACUAAUUCCAGCCAGAUAAAAGAUGAAUUUCAGACUCUCAAUAUCGUGACGCCACGUGUUCGACCAGAAGACUGUAGCAUUGGGCUUCUGCCAAGGAACCAUGACAAGAACCGCUGCAUGGAUGUGUUGCCCUUGGACCGGUGCCUACCGUUCCUCAUCUCUGUGGAUGGUGAAUCAAGUAACUACAUCAAUGCUGCACUCAUGGAUAGCCACAAGCAACCUGCUGCCUUUAUUGUAACCCAACACCCUCUGCCCAACACCAUAGCAGACUUCUGGAGGCUGGUGUUUGAUUAUAACUGCUCAUCUGUUGUGAUGCUGAAUGAGAUGGAUGCAGCACAGCUCUGCAUGCAGUACUGGCCAGAGAAGACUUCCUGCUGUUAUGGCCCAAUUCAAGUGGAGUUUGUUUCAGCAGAUAUUGAUGAAGAUAUCAUCAAUCGGAUAUUCCGGAUCUGCAACAUGGCCAGGCCCCAGGAUGGAUACCGUAUCGUUCAGCACCUGCAGUACAUUGGCUGGCCAGCAUACAGGGACACCCCUCCUUCCAAACGCUCCCUCCUGAAGGUGGUCAGAAGGCUGGAGAAGUGGCAGGAACAGUAUGAUGGGAGGGACGGACGCACUGUUGUCCACUGCCUGAAUGGCGGGGGACGCAGUGGCACCUUCUGUGCCAUCUGCAGCGUGUGCGAAAUGAUCCAACAGCAAAAUAUCAUCGAUGUGUUCCACAUAGUGAAAACACUGCGGAAUAACAAAUCCAACAUGGUGGAGUCGCUGGAACAGUAUAAAUUUGUAUACGAGGUUGCACUGGAAUACUUGAGUUCCUUUUAGCCUAGCGGAGGGAGGGGAGUCUCCCAAAAGCCAGACCCCCCGUCUCUGACAGACGCUCUCUUCCCCUCUCCCACACUCGAAGGCAGUAACAAGUGUGGGAAGGAAAAACUCUCCUUCCCGGAGCCAGAGCCUGCGACUGCACAGACCUCAGUGCCGCUGGGAGGACGAGACGAUGCCUGUGUUUGCUGCUGCCUGCUUUCUACUGGAGCAUCUACCGCUUCUCAAAUAACCUACUGUACAAAUUAGCAAAACGGGAGACAGCCUGGAAGACUGGACUUUCUAAUCCCCACUGACUUCUCCUCUCCUCUUUUGGAUUGUAUUUUUGCUCUCCUCACUACAGAGUGGAGAAAGAAUGAAACCCCGAGGAAAUUCUGUCUUUUAAAUGUCUCCUUUUUAAUUUGUGGUUUUGCUCUCAAAUCGCGGUCUUUAAUUUUUGAACUUCAUGCAGCAGUCAUUUGGGAAAAAUGAGAUAUAGCCAUAGGGGAUAUAUGAAACUUUUUGUUACAAUGUGUCUGCUUUCUCUGUUUGGGGGUAUUUUUUGGUUUUUGUUUUGUUUUAUUUUUUUCCAAAUGUAAAGGCCAACACCAAAAACAAAAACAAAAUGCUGGAAUUCUCUUCCCGUAUCCGAUUCCUUUUAACAUGAAAAUAGGCAGUGGAAAUGAGAAGCUGUUCAUGUAUGCACUGCCUCAGCUUCUGCACAAAUGUUUCCUCCCAGUUUCUGCUAGACUCUCAAGGCUGCGCACAAGCUGGUUGCUUCUCUCUGAUCCGUGUUCGUUUCACUGCUGAUGAAGCAAUAUCUUUAAAGAGUUCCACAGCCACUUAAACCUUAAAAUUAAAUAUUGGCAUUAAGCAAAUUGCAUUUGUCUUGCAACUCUGGUAACUUUGUUACCAUGUUUUUCAAGAGAUUACUGGGGUGCAGUGUGUCUUUAAAAAACAGGGUAUAAAACUUAUUGGUCAUAUAUUAUGUAUUAUUAUUUUUUAUUUAUUAUUUGUAUGGCUGUAGAACUUAGGAGCCCUAGUCAUGACUCAAUCGAAGUGAACUAGGCACUGUGCAAACAAAGAGCAAAAAAGCUUCCUGUUCACAGAGCUUAAAACCUGAAGGUAAUCUUAAAGUUAUGUUUGAUCAAGAUUUCCUCACUGUUUCCAAACUAUUGUACUGUCAGAUGUAGUUGAGCAACUUAUCCAGAUUUCCAGACCCUGCAAACUUCAAAGUGGUAACCCAUCCAAGCUCUAGGAAAGGCAAUGUACCUACACGGAAAUCUAUAGUGACAUGCAUUAAAAAAUGCAUUAGACCAGCACGACUUUCCAUCUUAAGCAAAACAGCUUUUGUUUUGUUCUGCAGAAAUGCCCGUGCAACUCCAUUUCUUUAAAACAAACAGCAGAUGUGUUUUGCCACGGUUCUGGAUCUUACUCUGACUUCUUUGCAGCUAAGAAAUUGCUUUUCUAAAAGAGUAUACGUAAGUAGUUAAUCAUUAAGGUCUGUGGGGUAAUCCCAGAGAAAAAAGAAAAUUUAAAUGAACAAGACCUUGCAGUAUUCAUUAUUUCAGUUUAGCCAUUUAUUUAUCUAGACGGAAUAUGAGGUUGUUCUCUAUGUAAAUUAGAUCCUGGGAGAUGUACGUUUCUUCAGACAUAGACUUUCUGAAAGCUAGAUUGAAGGUGAGAGUUUAAGAAAACUCUACUUUCUGACCACCCUGUAGCUUUCCACUUUCAGGUAAAUACUCAGAGACUGUGCUGGGAGCUCUGUCAUGUCAAUGUCUGGCAUUGAAAAUGCCAGAAGUUCAAAAAACAGUAAUAAUUCCAUACGUAAAUCCAGAAGACUGCUCUGAUCCGUUGUCAUUCUCUUUUUAAUAGUCUUACCUUUGCCUUGACAGUGAAGGAGGAAAAUUACUAAAUCUGAUAAAAACAACUCUUGACUUAAACGUACCUGUACCUAACUGAAAAGUUUUCAUUUCUGCCAGGAGCUGCAAAAAUCUAAGAAAAGAUGUCAAGUAUUUGCAAACAGAAAAGGAAAAUAAAAGGCAAAGCAACACUGUGACAUAAAAAUGAAAAGGAAGGCAAAAUAGUAGUGUUUUGGUUAGAGGUGGCUUGCUGCAACAGCGUAGGUCCAAAGUCGGGUGCCAUUUGCAGAGAAGAGGGGAGUGAGCACCUCCUUGGUGCUCCAUCCUGCUCAAUCCUUGGGCAGGAUUUUUCGACGACUGCCUAGGUAGAAAGAAGCUACAAGUCAGCAAGGUAUUCCUGAGUCAUUCAGUCCAGAAAGCCAGAGGGAAUCAGCCUGUUUUCCAAAUCCCUAACGCCUGUCUAAAGAAAAGGUACUGUGUGCUUGGACGCGGUUGUCAUGGCCAGGCUGUCUCUUCUUUGAGUUAUUUCUGGGCGAUUUGCUUUUCAAUUAUAUUCUCAGCUUUUUUAUAAAACGAGUCGUCCGAGGUGUCAUUCGGUGUUGCAUACCCAGAUAUGACCAGUGUUAGUGGGAUGUUAUGAAAAUACUGAUUAGUAUUUAGCUUUCUGUGAAUUUUACAUGGAAGCUAACAAUCCAGUAGUAAAAAGAGGUUCCUCUCUUGAAUUAUUGAAAGACUAAAACAGGGAGGUAUAAUAGGAAGGAUAAAAGGAAAGUAGAGGUAGAAGAAAUGACAAUAUGACUGAAAUGUGAGGUGUAGGAGGUAGUUCCAGGCUUAAGAGUAGCAUAAAAGAAAGUGAAUUAAAAAACUAGAAGAGAAUUCAUCGAGCAAAUGUGCGUGGAGAGAGGCAAGUGUCAGAAGAACAGAGCACACAGCGCCACAGUGGAGUUGUUUAAGGCUUUGAGGUAGGUUUCAGUGUAUUUUCAGGGUGUGAAAAUUGCUACUAAAGGGUCAGGCCCAUGUAUCAGCUGACCCGCAGCAACUUGUCACGGGCAUGCUUUUAGCCCUCUGCAAAUGCAAAGCUGUGUUAGCAUAAACUUCAGUGAAAGAUGGUUAAGCUAAGUUUUACCUUGUGUUUGUAAGGAAUGAGUAAUGCAGGUGUCUGUUAGCCCAGCCCAGCUGAUGGACACAACUUCCUACAUGGUAACUCAGUUGUGUGUCUUGGCCUUUCUUCUAAUUUUCUGCCUACAGUCAAUGUGGGAAGAUGCUCAGCAAACUCCGCCGGUUCAGUUGUCUGUAGACCCAAGCAGUUGUGUUGUCAUGGAGUUGGUGGAGUUGGCUGCUUCUGGGGGAAGGAGCUUGCUGUGUGUUGGCUGAGAGAUCUUUACUCUGUUCGUCACCGCACAGUGUGUGUAUGCUCUGCAUGAAGUAAUGAUGAAGGGAAUUGAGUGGAAAAAGAAAAGAACAACCUCACUUUAAAUAACCUUACCACCAUGAGGUUAUUUAAACCACAGAGAAUAACAUAUAGCACAAAAAGUAAUGUGUUUGAAGCAAGAUUAUGGGUGUUGGGAUUUGUUUUCAUUGGGAAAGAGAGACAUGAGUUGAGAUAAAGGAGACUUGUCUCGCUCCUGAAAGGAUUAAUAGUGAGGAGUGGAGUUGGUAGAAAAGAUAGAAAAGACUGAACUUAAAAUGGGAAAAUACGAUAUUGACAAUAUCUUUUUGGUCAUAAUGAAGACAGAUUUAUUCCUGUUCAGGCAUCUCCAGGGUCAAUGGACCAUUGUUUAUUAAUAGCACAGUAUUGGUCUAAAUUAUAAUCUAAAAUUCAGGGAGCUAGGAAUAAUUGAAGAAAGGUGGCAGGGAGCUGUCUCAUGCACAGGGUAACUAACAUCUCAAAUUGUUAAGGAAUGUAACUGAAGGAAAGAAUUCCAGAAAUAUCUAGAGUGAUUGCUGGAGAAGACCCUGACUUGUCUGAAGGUGAGAAAUAGAGACGAAAACCCCUAAAAAGUACAGUAGCCUUGACAAUCGUUUCAAUUUUUUUUUAAUUUUAGUUAAGAGCUCCUCAGGAGCUGUAUCAUAUGCUAGCACCUUCCCCCCACCCUCAGAAUGAUGUGUAAGGAGAAGGUGUCUGACCUCUCCUGUAUAUGAACCUGAGCUCAUGCUUUCCCUCAACACGUGCCUGCAUAUUGUCUGGGAGAGCCCUGGGUGACAAAGCACAAAAUACAGACAAGCUGACAGUUACACAGUAUAGAUUAUUGCAUGCCAGGUUUUGUUUAUUAAUAUAGAAAAGAAACUUUGCAAGGGAGCGCAGUGUAUAUAUGAAAGCAGCUGAAUCAAGCAGCUGAAUCAAGACCUUUGGUAGCAAGCAGGCAAAUGGAGGUUUGGUUAUUCUGGUCAUGUCUGCAGCUUGACAUUAAUGGUGUUCUUUGACCUGGAAAGUCUCUGGACUCUGUUAGUAGGAGGCCCUUGGGUUCAUGAUUGAAAUUCUUUAGCAAAGUUGCAUGAAACUUCAUGUUUGCCUUUGCCAUGCUUAGCUUCAGCCAGUUUUAUUAGUGCACUGUUAGGUCCCGCUUACUUUAUUCACAUUUUAGCCAUUUAUGUUAGCUAGAGUUGUCCACCUUGGUCUACAUGCAACUGGCAUUUAUCAGUGAAAGACUUCUACAUGCCUAGAAGAGCUGGAGCCUUCGUGGCCUUUCAGCCCUGAACCAAGCCGCUGUUGCUGGAUCCCAUUGCUCCUGGUCAGCACCCUGCCUGUGCACAUUUGAAGAGGAUGUCCAGGUAAUUCCCAAAAGUAGCCAGAGAUUUUAAGAAAUGCCUGUGACCUCUACUUAGUCUGGGAGGAGAUCACAAUGUAUAACUUCUGACUAGUGAAGCACAUGUUUGUGUGUCAGGAGUUUCCAAGCUUUUAUUUUGGAACUGUAAACUUCCUAUAAAAAAUGCCUAGUGACAAUGUAGACCCAAAAUAGCAGAUUUAAGCUUGCAGACAGUAGACUAUUUUUUCUAUUUACUUUUCGCAGGCCCUUUAGAAGUAGUUUGUGGGAUUUCCCCUAAGAAUCCACAGAUCAUGGAUUGUUGGUCACUGCUCUUGAUGUCCUGUAGAGGCAGGCAAAGGAGACAGGCUCCUCCAGAAAGUUAUUCAGAAGACAGCUAAUCUAAUUGACAUGUGGAAGAGAAGGAAAGGAGAAGAAGUCUCCUUUGGGAGAAAAGCAAACAGCAGAGGAGAAGGCAGAUUAAAUGGAGUCCCGAAACAGGUAGGAAACUUGCACCUUGUUCUGUCUCAUUCUUGAACAGAGCCACUUAUAUAUCUCUUAUUUUUCUGAGUUCAUGCCAAGAUCAUAAAAACAGGUAAUACCACAUUCCACCCUGUGGAGCUCUCUGGAGACCAAGCAGUCAGUGUAACAUAGGGAAUAAAUCCUGAGGGGCAAAGAGAAAAGAUUUGCUUGAGAGAGGAAUCUUCAAAUACAAGGUGCCAUUACCAGUCGCACUUGCAGAAUUCGUAACAAGUCAUCACAGAGCAAUGCACAGUCCUAAUGUAUUCCUGUACAACCAAUAUAAGUGAAAUGUUGCCCUCACAAAACACCAUUGUCCCAUAAUGAAUUUAAAUAAUAUAGUGUAUUACAUUGUGGCACAGUUAACUUUGGUAUAUCUGGCCACUGCAAGGAGCAUCUCAAGAACUUUAUGUGAGCCAGCUAUAUUUCCAUUUGAGGUUCAUUCAAUUGUCUUGAGUUUACAAACUUAUGUGAAUUCUAGUUCAUUAGAAACGUAAAUGGAGCCAUGUGACAAAAGUUGUUCAGUGUGACCGCUACCUGUGGGUCCAAAAUUCGAUGCAUUUCUUAGAAGACUGUGAAAAAGCAGAACAAAUUACUGCAUCUUCCCUGCACAGACCUUUCAGGAGUAGAAACUGGGGGAGCCAGCUAAUCAAAUUUGGCAUACAGAAGUGGGUAUAAGAACUCCAUUAAUCCUCCUGUGUUCAUGUUUAUUUAGAUUUAAAACUUCUAUAGCCAUGCAGAAGUGGUACACAUUUUUAAAAACGCCAAGUGCCCUUCCCUAUUUCCAGAAAUGCCUACAGCUCUUCCUUCAACAAGCUCCAGCAAAUAACAUAGCAAGCAAAGCCCACCUUCCACAAUUUUGGGGAGGGCCACUAGGAGAAUCUAGCGUGUUAUCUGUUAAUUAACUUGGAAAAGGUAUCAGUUGUCUUACUCCUAAUAUAUUUAAUUGAGUAAUGCGCAAUUUUGCUAUAAUAGUCAAGAUGAAUCAUAAUUUUUCAUACGUCAGGUACAUCAGGACCCAAAUCCUGGUGGCAAUGAAUUUGAGGGAGGAAAAAAAAAAAAAAAAUUCCUGACUUCCAGUGGCCUCUAGUCUGUAAUCUUUAUUUGCUGCAUUAAAAGAAUUGAAAAGCCUCCCUUGUACACAAUAAACUAUACAUGGCAUAUCCUCCAGUUUCCUAUCAGACUGGCGUAAUUGUGAAAUACUAGUAGCUUUUUCAGUUUGUAAAAGCCACAGGGAUGUAAAUUAAUCUUUCCAUCCCUGUGGAUGGUUUGGGAUCCCUGUCCCAAACCAUCAAACAGGUUUUUUUGGUCCCUUUUCUCUGUUUUCAACCUGAGCCUUAAGAAACAAAACAAUGCAGCAAGCUGAAUGACAGAUGCUGGUCUUCCCAUAGUGUUUAAUGGUGGGGCGGAGAGCGGGGAAGAGAAUGAAACGAGACAAAAACAAACUAAAAUGUUUUUCUUCCAAGCCGAUUCAGCGUGAGCUGUUUUUGAGCAGUGUAGACAUGGGCUAGUCGACACCAGUUUGUCUGGAGCCAGGAUUUGCUUGUUGCCAGGUGAGGUUACAGCAUAGCUAUACCCUUUGGGAGGAGUCCUGAUCUCUUGCAUGUAGGUUUCCAACAAUGUAGAAUUUACUUCAGUGGAGUUACUUGUUGCAGAGUGGCAGUAUUUCAAUGGUGUUGGUUUUUAUUGGGAGAUCUGAUGUCCCAGAACAGUAACGUAUUGGGGGGAAUUUGUGACAUACCUUAGGAGCAUUGCGCUAUGGAGGCAUUCUUGUGUGAGUACAUCAUCUGUCAGUGGAGACCUCUGGGGAUCAUAUUUAUGUGAAGUUAUGGAAGGGAGUACAUUUGCAGAGAAGUAAGUGGGAGUGUGGCCAGCACUUUACAAACUGUCAUGAAUUUAGCUACUCUAAAAGACUCUCCAGGACAAAUGAUGAUCAGUUGUUUGGAUUGCUAAAAGUCUCACCAGACUUCCUGUGCUAGACUUCAUGUACCUGGACCAGAACUGAUAUUAUCCCAUCAUCAUCCCUGCAGCCAUUUCUUACUUCUCCAGCACUGUACUUCUAUGCCAAAAGUUUCAGCCAUAUCCUUUACAUGUUUAACUCAUACGGACUAACCAUGUUAACAAAAUUCACUCCCAUAUUGAUUUAUCUCCUUCACCUCCUUUCCCCCCCGCACCGAUUCCGCUGAAAUUAAAACGUACUAGCAUCACUUGCUGCCAGCCUUGUUCCUCUGUCACACGGCAAUGCUGUGGCUGCCUCUGGAUCAGCAGUAUCCUGUUUCUGCUCCCUGAAUGCAACUGUUCGGCCAACAGGGAGGAGUGCUGCAUGAGAGCUAAUCUCUUUGCUGUUGCAAUUUUCCCCCCCUCCCUCUUUGGCCCUUAUGGGUUACUCGUGAAACUCACUUGUACAGUUUGGAUGUUUGAUAGAUAAAGCACGUAUGAAAAAAAAAGGAAAAAAAAAUAUAAAUACAGAAAUCUCAACACUGUGCAGUCAGUGUCUUUUCUUUCUAGCUUAAAAGAAGGAAGGUAAAUAAUGUCAAGUCAAUGAAUAUCAGAUAUAUUUUUUGACUGUACAUUACAGUGAAGUGUAAUCUUUUUUUUACAACUGCGAGUUCAUCUUAUUUAUUCUUGUAAAUGUUCCCAGACAAUGUUUGUAAUAUGGGCUGUGUUGCAAAUCCAUAAAAUAAAUCUGUGAUCUGAGAUUAAUGUUUUACUAAGA